UGUAAAAAAUACUAAACAAUUUCAUGUAAAUUCAGUAUGUCAGUUUACUGAAAGAGCGAAGUUGAUGACACACGGCUGAAGUUGCUGCAUUUUCACUGGUUCCUGAUUGACCAACCAAUUUCCCCAAAUCUACUCAAUCACUGAGUGAGUCAUCAUGAAUGAUUCGCACGACGGAAGUGACGAUGGUCCCUUGGAAUCAACGAGAAUGUCUUAUGCUGCCUAUGAUGUUGAUGCUGAAAAUGCAGGUUUAGGUUCUCCUGAAACUGAAGAUGACAAAGGUGCUGAUGAGCCACUGAAGGAGCAGGAUCGUUUCUUGCCAAUUGCCAAUGUAGCGCGAAUCAUGAAGAAAGCUGUUCCUCAAAAUGGAAAGAUUGCCAAAGAUGCGAAGGAGUGUGUACAGGAGUGUGUGUCAGAGUUUAUCAGCUUCAUCACUAGCGAAGCCAGCGAGCGUUGCCAUCAAGAAAAGAGAAAAACUAUCAACGGAGAAGACAUUCUUUUUGCAAUGUCUACACUUGGCUUUGACAACUACGUGGAGCCUCUGAAACUCUAUUUGCAAAAAUAUCGUGAGUGUUCUAAAGGUGAGAAAGGAAUCACAGGCUUGUCUGCUGGAGAUGGAAGUGAACAGGAGCUCUCAGAUGACAUGCUAGUGCAAUCCUUGGCGAAUGGCUCAAUGCUUGCAGAACAGAAUGGACAAAGUGUCAUUUAUACUACAGCUUACCCCGCUGGACAGGAUUUUGAUCUCUCUGUUUUGGCAGAUUCCUCAACAACUCAAUUAUUGAUGCCCAUCAAAAGCAUUCAUGAUGAAACAGCAGGGAUAGGAAGCACCGUGGUGGUGAGAAUGCCAGCAGAUAGUUCUGAGAACAGCAGUGAAGAAGCUCUCAUUUUCAAUCUAUAAAGUUGGAACAUUUCAUGAGACUGAUAAAACCAUUAGUGAUGAGAAAAUUUGUAUACUUUGACUGUUGACUUGUCACUACAGUGAUAACACAGGUUUUAGAAUGUACGAUACGAUGAUUUUAUUGCAUAUGAUCUGGCCAACAGCCUAUGAAUAUGAGAAUGUUAAUGACUAUGGAAUGGUUCACGGGGAGACGGUUAAUGUACAUUGAUUAAAUUAAUAAGAUGGUAUUGUUGAUGAUAAAAUUUUCAGUUUACUUUGAUGGACUUCUUCUUUGUGUUCCCCUGCAAGAUCUCGGGGAUAGUCGACUACUGGUUCUUCAACCUGCAGUGCAACUGAUUUUUACGUAUGUGACUGUUUUUCCUACUUAUCAGGGCCCCUUGCCUUCAGGUUGCCACUUUCCAAUUUCAAAGGUUCUCUAUAUUUUUUAUAGGGACUAGAAUAUUUUUAGUUUUGGUAGGAAUUUAUUUUUGAAAUUUUGCGCAGGUGACAGCCAAAGCCUACUCUUAUUGAUUUUAGGACCACUAAGGGAUCUUUAACAUGCACAACUUGCACAUGGGACCUCCAAGAAUUUUCAUCCUUAUCAGAGAACGCUAGAUGUUCAAUCUUACCUUCUCUGAGAUCAGGGAUGUAGCUAAAAGACAGCAGUAAGAAGGAGCCAGGAGUAGCAGUGGAAAGAGUUAAGAAGGAUGGGACCAUUAGGGUUAGUUUUGUGCAAAGAUGAGACCUUUACCGUCUUCUGACAGAACUGUUUAAUGGGAGACCUCUGCUUCUGCUCAUGUCUCAAGACAUGGUUUCAUUUUUAACUUUCUGGGCUGUGACACUGGCCCUUAGCUGUUCUUGCAAUGCAAAGAUAUGGCUAUCCCCUGCUGUUUUCUGAUAUGUGGGUUGAAAGUGUACAUAUUUGAAAUAAUGA